AAAUAUUUAAAAUAUAAAUAUAGUAUGUAAGCGUGUCCUUUUAAAUUACACGAUGUUUAGAAAAUACGAUUAAUUGCAUAGCAAUGAAAACAAUGUCAAAGAAAUAAAGAAUUUCUUUCGGCGAUGAAACUCGCUGGGUAGUGCACUGAACGCAUCGAAGCGAAUGCGAGAGUAGGAGGAGUAAGUAGUGUAACCUUUUGGCUUCCCCGAUGAUCAACGUACGUCCGCCGACGAGUAUAAAUGAAGGACAAUGACCUAAUUGCGUGCAGAACGCGCAGUGCUUCCUCGACGGCCAAUAACCAAGGCCACCUGAAAGAUUACGAAAACCCGGUUUCCGGUUUUCCGGGUUCGAAUCGCGAGAGGAAAGCCGGUCGUUUGAUAUUUCUCUGUGUGGCACAUUUUUUUUAGGGUUGCAUCUCUAACUCUAUCUUUUUUCGAUCAUGAAGGUGAUCGGUUGGACUUGUUGGCUCUUGGCCAUGUGUAUCUGUUUCUCCGAAGCAAGGCAAAAACUAAGAAGACCUUUAGCCCCUUUGCCUCAUGCACCACCGAUAUUCAAGAAAUCAUGGCCAAUGGGACCUAGAAUUUCAAUGGGAAAUACGAUACACAUUGGUGCAACUUUCCCUCAUAAAAGAAUAUCUUAUAAAGCUCCAAAUUAUAGAAUUAGACGGCCUCCGAUGUUCAACGUCCUUCCUACUACCUGGAAAACUCAAAUGCCAGUUCUUGGAAUCUUGAAUAAUCAUGCUGUACUCCCACAACGUCCACCGAUCAAAGAAUUUCAUACAAUGAACCAAGUCCCGGAAUAUAGUCCGGAAUACAGGUCCGAACCUAUAAUAUUGCCACCGGCUCAUCGAGGAACCAUCGACGACGAUAAAGGCCCUAUUCAUACGAUACCUGCACCUAAUCUCAGCCCAGCGGAUAAACCUUACAAUUCUGAAGCUAAUUCUGGACAGCAAACCGUUUCUCAGCAUCAGUAUACUAAUCUCAAUCUACAGACUAAUACGUUGGCAAACGAUUUCGGAUUAGCGACUAUUGGCACUAGUUUAGUACCUCAACGAACGGUAACCAGUCCAACGCCUGCUCAACAUCAAUACGAAGUAACAGAGAAUAAUGAUCUAUCUCAAAAAGAGUAUCAUACUGUACAACCAACGUUUUUCACUCCGGAAUUUGACGUAACCAGGUUGGCUACUGUAGUCAAUCCUGACCUACAAAGCAACGAAGUUUUCCUCAAUCAUCCACCUAUAACAAACACGGGUUUAGCGAAUAUUCAAUUCGGUCAAACUGACACACCGAUGCAAACGAACUUGCGUAGUUCUCUUCACGUGGGUUUCCCUGGUACUGCCACUCAGGCAGCUAAUACGAUUGGCAACCAAAUUCCUGACUUGCAUGUUGGACAUCCGGUACCAGCUGGACCUCCUUUAUCCGCUACUCAACUUUACGAUCUCUUAAACAGCUUCCCGCAUAAACUUACGGAACAAUAUACGGCAGGUCAGCAACCUCAACUACAACAACACUUACUACAGCAACAACUCGGCCAACUUCUCCAACCUAACGGAGCCACGAGUUUCUCUCAACCACAGAUGCAUUCCUUUAAUUAUGAUGAGCAAGACAAUCAGCAACAGCAACAGCAACAGCAACAGCAACAGCAACAGCAACAGCAACAGCAGCAACAACAGCAACAAUUAGAACACGAACAGCAACAGAUAUUAUUAGAUCAAAAUUUCGCAUCCAGUAGAGUUACAGCGGAUUACAAUUUGGAGGCAGAACCCUCGUCGAAUAUACAACAGACUGAUCUACAAUUUGACGACGAAUUAAGCUAUACCGCUGAAGUACCGGUCGAACAAACAGAAAAUAAUAUUGAUUAUGAAGAAACAAAUAAUCGAGCUGCACAAUCCACAUAUUUCAACAAAAUUAACAACAACGGUGCACUAUCGACACAAUUCUACACAUCUUUGCCUAGUCGCGAAGCAGCAGAGAAAUUAGCUGCAUUAGCUGCUGCUGGAAACGUAAAUAGUCAGUUGAUCGAACAUUUACGAAAGCAACAACAGGAGAACCAACAACAGCAAAGCGAGACUAUGCCGUCUAAUCACAAGGAUGAGAGUUAUCAAGAUGCUCAACAACAACAGCAACAGCAACAGCAACAAUACGAAUCACAAUACGAACAGCAACAGCAGUAUCACCAGCAACGUAUUCAACAGGAACAGACUGAAAAUGAAAGACGUGAUAAACAACGUUUUCUACAACAGCAACAUCGACGAAGAUUAAAUCAACAAAAUUUGAAUCAAGAAAAGCGACCUUUACGGAUAAUGGUACCCGAUGACGAAGAAUACAUGAACGAUUCCGAUUCACAGAGCAACGAGAAAAUAGAGUACGAAUACGAGAUUGAUGAAGACGACGCGAAGGAUUUUCGAACAACUACUUCGUCGAACGAGCGAGUUGUUUAUGAUCAAAAUUCUAAAUCUGAAUUCGGUACACGACUUAGAUCUAAAACUGGAAAAUGAAAAUAUUUAUUAAUAUAACACGUUAUAUAAUGACGAUUA